AUCUAAGGGAGGAGGCUGGGUGUUUGACUCAUGCCAUCAAAACCACUUUCCACAAAUAUCUGUUACCAGAGAGUGAAAACAAAAGGAAGAAAUGUGAGAUUGGACCAGAGGAGAUUCCCACACCUAGCGGUUACGUUUUACGGGGAAAGUGGCUAACAGCCCAUUGCAACCAGCGCCUGUUAAACUCAAAUCAGAUAAAUGACUGUUUGAAAAGAAAGCUUGUUUACCUCCUGGGAGACUCAACAUUACGCCAAUGGAUUUACUACCUCCCCAGAGUUGCAAAAACACUGAAGCCUUUUGACCUUCAUGGGACUGGAGUACAUAAGAAACAUGUGCUUUUGGAUGCUGAAAGGCACACUCUGGUUGAAUGGAAAAAGCACAGCCACCCUUUUGUCACUGAUCAACUAUACUCUGUGGUAGAUGAUGGCUACAUCCCUCAGGAAAUUGACCGCUUACCAGGUGACAAAGAUACUGCCAUUGUCAUUACGUUGGGCCAGCACUUCAGACCCUUCCCCAUGGAACUUUUCAUUCGUAGAGCCAUCAGUAUCCAAAAGGCUAUUGAACGGCUCUUCCUCAGAAGCCCUUACACUAAAGUCAUCAUUAAGACAGAAAAUAUCAGGGAGAUGAACAUAGAUACAGAGAAAUUCGGAGACUUCCAUGGUUAUAUUCAGUAUCUCAUCAUGAAGGAUAUCUUCAAAGACCUUCAUGUGGGUACCAUUGAUGCCUGGGACAUGACCACUGCAUAUGGUACCAAUAUUGUCCACCCACCUGAUGAAGUGAUUAAAAGUCAGAUUGACAUGUUUUUAAACUACAUUUGCUAAAGCUACAUCACUAAGAGCCAAUGUCUGCCAGUGAUGCCAUGUGUUUCAUCAGUGUGUUUCAUCACAUUAUUCAGUUCAGGAUCUAAAAAAAAAAAAAUUAAUUUAGAAGAAUCUGCCUUGGAAUAGAGACUCCCUGGGUUUAACUUUCAGCACCACAUAAGCAGGGCAUACAGGGAAUUACAUGCUUGUAAUUCCAGAACUCAGACAAUCAGAAGUUCAAGGUCAACCUUAGUUAUAUAGUCAGGUCAAGAAGAGCCUGGGCUACAUGAGAACCUUCCUUGAUGAAAAAUAAUAGCCAUAAUCUUGACAGGAAACAUACUUUAAAACAAUGACUGCAGAGAUGGAAUAUAAAGCCAAGAAAACUAGAUGUCAAGACAAUCCUAGGAUAUAUUCCAUUUGUCUCUGUGUUAAUACAUACCUUUAUUCUUUAGGCAACUUGAAGUCAUGAUAUCUGUUACUCUUGGCUAACCCAAGUAACAGGAAGUGUUAAAGAGACCAGACAUGUCAUUAACAUUAUGUUCUAAGAUUUCUUUUACUUAAAAAUAAUCAUCCUUUUUAUUUUCUGCAAAAGAACAGAGAGUAAGUAUGUUAGGCUUUAGGGUCUAUGUAUUGACUCUGUCACCACUGUCACUAAAGCACAAAGCAAGAGAAAAAGGUAAGCAAAUAAAAAUGUUUGUAUUUAAAAUAAA